CGUCAGCUAUUCAGUUCCGUCUAGGCCGUCGAGCGGUUCUCACGUCUUCCAACGGAAGAUAAGUUUUUGAUCCUGCGGUGGCAUCUUCCCGCGUGUGGCCCGAUUACCAGGCCAUAUAUUGCAUCGUUCAAUUCACUACAUUCCAAGCAAUACCAUUAAGUCUAUUGGUUCGACGUGGCCGUGUCGGCUCAGUGUCUGUGAGCCGGGAGCCAAUAACCAGAGAAGAAGAAGACCGUCCGCUAUUCGCACCAAUAAUUCGCACGGUCCUCGUUGAGUGUCGCGCUUGCGUACGACGCGGGACGCCAUGAUGCGUUCAUGAGCUUGCAUCGUGUCACGGUACUCCCGUUUGCUCCUGUACGUUUCUGAGGCCACCAGCCGCUCGCUCUCUCUUCCGUUAAAUUCGUAACACUCUCCCACGUUCUCGGCGCGCGCCCGCGAGGAACUACGACAUGUCGGAUUCAGAAGGUGCCAGCGACGCGGGCAGCAUCGGGGAAAGAUCUCGGAGCGUCUCUCGCAGCAGGAGCCCUUCGCGAAGCUCGGUGUCCAGAAGUCCGUCCAGAUCCAGAUCCCGCUCGCGCUCCCGAUCGCCGUCUGGCUCAGAGGAUGGAGAAGCUAAGCUAGACGAGGCAGAAGAAGUCAGAUCCGGAGAUGAGGAAGCCGUGGAACCAGAGGAGGAACCCGAAGGAGAAGAUUUAGAUAACAGCAGUGAAUACGACGAGGAAGAGGAUGAGGAGGAUGAUGACAGGCCGAGGAAGAAAAAAAAGAAGGACAGGUUCGGUGGUUUUAUCAUCGAUGAGGCUGAGGUAGACGACGAAGUUGAGGAUGACGAUGAGUGGGAGGAAGGUGCCCAAGAAAUUGGUAUCGUGGGAAACGAGGUGGAUGAGCUGGGACCGACUGCACGCGAGAUUGAAGGACGGCGCAGAGGUACAAACCUCUGGGAUUCGCAGAAGGAGGACGAGAUUGAGGAGUAUCUCCGGAAGAAGUAUGCCGACGAGUCGAUUGCCGCCCGUCGCUUUGGCGACGGCGGCGAAGAAAUGAGCGACGAAAUCACUCAGCAAACUUUGUUGCCCGGCGUGAAGGAUCCCAAUUUGUGGAUGGUCAAGUGCCGAAUAGGAGAAGAGAAAGCCACCGUGCUCCUAUUGAUGCGAAAAUUCAUCACGUAUCAGUUUUCCAACGAGCCCCUGCAGAUAAAAUCCGUUGUCGCGCCGGAAGGUGUUAAAGGUUACAUUUACAUAGAAGCUUACAAGCAGCCGCAUGUGAAAGCUGCUAUCGAAAAUGUUGGAAAUCUCAGGAUGGGUAUAUGGAAGCAGCAAAUGGUACCAAUUAAGGAGAUGACAGAUGUGCUGCGCGUAGUUAAAGAGCAGACCGGUUUAAAAGCCAAGCAAUGGGUCCGUUUGAAGCGAGGCAUCUAUAAAGAUGACAUAGCUCAGGUUGAUUACGUCGACUUAGCACAGAACCAAGUCCACUUGAAAUUGCUUCCGAGAAUCGAUUACACUAGACCACGCGGGGCAUUGAGAACGGCGCAGAGUGAAUCCGAAGCGUUGAAACGUAAGAAGAAGAGACGACCGCCAGCGAAACCAUUCGAUCCCGAAGCGAUCCGUUCUAUCGGCGGGGAGGUUACUAGCGAUGGAGAUUUCCUUAUUUUUGAAGGAAAUCGAUACAGUCGUAAAGGGAGAGAGAGAUAUAGUAAUUUUGUAAGAAUAUUUGGGUUCCUUUAUAAAAAUUUCACCACAAGUGCUAUUAUCGCGGAGGGUGUGAAACCUACGCUUUCCGAAUUGGAGAGAUUUGAAGAAGCCCCGGAAGGUGUUGAGAUUGAUUUAAGUGGCACGCCAGGGACCGGGACUUCUGGGAAAGAAGAUCCGAAUGUAACACAUUCCUUCAGUAACGGAGAUAAUGUGGAGGUUUGCGAGGGUGAAUUGAUAAAUCUACAGGGAAAGAUCGUUUCUAUAGACGGCAACAUGAUUAUGGUUAUGCCGAAGCAUGAAGAACUUAAAGAGGCUUUGGAAUUCCAAGCUUCAGAGUUGCGAAAAUAUUUCACUCAGGGCGAUCACGUUAAGGUUGUAGCAGGAAGAUACGAGGGUGAUACAGGUUUAAUUGUUAGAGUAGAACAAAAUAGAGUAGUUUUAUUUUCCGAUUUGUCAAUGCACGAACUCGAGGUCCUCCCGAGGGAUCUGCAGUUGUGCUCUGAUAUGGCCACCGGCGUUGAUAGCUUAGGUCAAUUCCAAUGGGGUGACUUGGUGCAACUCGACGCACAGACAGUCGGUGUUAUCGUCCGAUUGGAACGUGAGAAUUUCCACGUCCUCUCUAUGCAUGGCAAGGUGGUCGAAGCGAGACCGCAAGGUCUUACGAAGCGCCGAGAAAAUAGAAACGCGGUCGCUCUAGACUCGCAACAGAACACCAUACAGAAAAAAGACAUUGUUAAAGUGGUCGACGGACCGCAUGCGGGCCGAGGUGGUGAAAUUAAACACCUGUACCGAAGCUUUGCCUUUUUACACUCGAGAAUGUUCGUCGACAACGGUGGAAUAUUCGUAUGCAAGACCAGACAUUUACAAUUAUCCGGUGGAAAUAAGACAACUUCCAUCAAUUCUAUGUCGCCAGUGGCAGGAUUUAUGUCACCUAGAAUUGCCUCUCCGAUGCAUCCCAGCGGAGGUGGUUUUGGACGAGGUGGCGGCGGUGGAAGAGGCAGAGGCCGUGGCGGCGGCGGUGCAAGACGCGACAGGGAAUUGAUUGGAACCACCAUCAAAAUAACGGGUGGGCCCUACAAGGGAAAUGUGGGCAUUGUAAAGGAUGCGACGGAGACAACAGCGCGCGUGGAACUACACUCCACGUGCCAGACAAUCUCCGUCGAUCGAUCACAUAUUGCAAACGUCGGCGUCCCGACAAAGGACGGCGGUUUCAGUAGUUACAAUAGAACCCCGGCUUACGGAGCCGGUGGGCAGACGCCAAUGUACGCGAGGGACGGGUCAAAAACACCCAUGCACGGUUCCCAAACGCCUAUGUACGAGAACGGUUCUCGCACCCCUCAUUACGGUUCAAUGACGCCGUCUCACGAUGGAUCGCGAACGCCAGGACAAUCUGGCGCCUGGGACCCGUCAGUUACUAACACACCCGCCAGGACAAACGAUUUCGACGGCUACAGUAUAGAAGAAGGUGGCUCGCCCGGUUACGGGCCCGGAUAUCCUCCCACCGGUGGGCCGUUUACCCCACAGACUCCGGGCACCAUGUACGGCUCGGAACAAAGCUUCAGCUCGUAUCAGCCGAGUCCUAGUCCUGCGGGCAGUGCUACCGCGAGCCCGAGUCCCACAGGCUACGUUGCUACUCCGUCUCCAAGCGGCACUGGAUACACCACCAGCCCACACGGUGCAUUUGCAACACCUUCUCCGAUGGGUUAUAGUCCUAUGACACCUGGAGUACCAAGUAGUCCAUACAAUCCACACACACCUGGUUCAGGACUGGACGCAGUCGGUUCUGGUGUCAUGGGUAGCUCGGAGUGGCAUACGACGGAUAUCGAAGUACGCAUUCGCGACUCCCACGAUGAUCCUGCUCUCGCUGGACAACAAGCAGUCAUCCGAGGAAUUUCAGGUGGUAUGUGCACUGUUUAUCUACCAACCGAGGACCGAGUUGUGAACCUAGUGUGCGAACAGUUGGAGCCCGUGGUACCGUCGCGCGGCGACCGAGUCAAAGUGAUCCUGGGCGAAGACCGCGAAUCGGUCGGCACCUUACUUUCGAUCGACAAUCAAGAAGGUGUCGUAAAACUUAACACAGACGAAAUAAAGUUCUUGCAAUUGCGAUUUUUGUGUAAAAUGAAAGCGCACGAGAAGGUCGACAUAAAAUAAAAACAUAAUUUUCUAUUACACGCAAUAUUAAAGCGUGGUAUGUAUAAUAAUAAUAAGUAAUAAAUAGAUUAUGCAACUGCGAUUUUUGUGUAAAAUGAAAGCGCACGAGAAGGUCGACAUAAAAUAAAAACAUAAUUUUCUACUACACGCAAUAUUAAAGCGUGGUAUGUAUAAUAAUAAUAAGUAAUAAAUAGAUUACGCGUACAUCAUCUAUUUAUUACUUAUAGUAAUAGAAAAUUAUGUUUUUAUUUUAUGUUACAACUUGAUUAUCCAAUUUUACAAUUGGACGUAAAUUACUGUCACAUUUGGAUAAUCAAGUUGUUACAACUACAAAUAAAUAUAUUUAACCUGUAACAAUUGUA